AUGGAUGCAUGGAAUCGUAUACUAAAUUCUUCCACAAAAGAGUUAUAUGUCGAUUUUGUCAUUCAAUUCUGGAAAGUGUGUGAAAAGUAUUCUGCUUUGUUGAAAUAUGUUGAAAGCACCAUUCUUGAUCAGGUGAAGGAGAAUAUAGUUUAUGCAUGGACUGAUAAUGUUAGACACCUUGGAAAUACAACCACCAACAGAGUUGAGUCGGCCCAUGCUAGUUUGAAAAAUUGGUUGGGAAAUAGCAAGGGGGUUUAUGUCGAGAUUGGGACUCCGUAA